GGCCGUCCCUGUCGCCUCCCUCAUCACUCACCUCACCACACAAAAAUUAAAGCAACCUCACCUCAGCUGCCUCGCUCCUCCCCUCUCCCCUACCUCCGUCCUCCUUCACGCGCAGAUACGCCAAAAUUCUAGGGAACCCACUACAAUUCCACGCGCACCCUACCUAGCUCAGAUCGAUACAGACUGCAGCAGCAGCUGCUGCUGCCGAGCCAAGGCCACGAGACGCGGAGCCUCAAGAGCUCGCACGCGGCGUGACCAUGUGGGCGCCGACUCGGCGGCGGAGAGCGGAGACGGGAGUCGAGUAGCCGGACACGGGCGACCCGGCGAGCGAUCCGCCCCUGCGCGCAGGGGCCUAUGGAUCUGGGCGCAUGGCGGGCUACCCUCUAGGCGGAGGAAGCAGCCACAGCCGCGGCGACCACCCUCCCGUCAACCCCACCUCCGGCUCCGACUCCACGGCUGCCUACCUCUACACCACCGCCACCGCCACCGCCUCCCGCGGCGGCUUCCAGCUAUGGCCACACCACCCGGCCCAGGAGCACCACUUCUACGCGCCCAACAUCAUCCGCUUCGCCGAUGACCCCGCCGCGGGCUCGUCGCGCGCCGGGAGGGGCUCCGGCUCCGGCCUCGGCGUGGGCACCAUCAGCUGCCAGGACUGCGGCAACCAGGCCAAGAAGGACUGCGCCCACAUGCGCUGCCGCACCUGCUGCAAGAGCCGCGGCUUCGACUGCCCCACCCACGUCAAGUCCACCUGGGUCCCCGCCGCCAAACGUCGCGAGCGCCAGCAGCAGCUCGCCGUCGGCGCGUCCGAGCCCUCCAAGCGCCAGCGCGACGCCGGAGCCCAGCCUUCCUCCACUACCGCCACUACCACUUCCUCAGGGGAGCAGCUGCAGAUGGCAGUGGGCGAGCGGUUCCCGCGGGAGGUAACCUCGGAGGCGCUGUUCCGCUGCGUGCGGCUGGGCCCGGUCGACGAGGCCGACGCCGAGGUGGCCUACCAGACCACCGUCAGCAUCGCCGGCCACGUCUUCAAGGGCAUCCUGCACGACGUCGGCCCGGACCCCUCGGUCGCGGGCGGCCUCCGCCACGCCGCCGAGGGUUCCUCCCCGAGCACGGCCGCGCCGCCCGUGUCGUCAUCGGCUGUGGUGAUGGACCCGUACCCGACGCCCGGUCCGUACGGCGGCGCGCCUUUCUUCCACGGCCAUCCGAGGUGAUCAAACAGCCACCUCGAUUGACGGCUGGCUACCUUCAAUUCCCUUUAGACGUGUCAUCUUUCAAUCCAUGUCUUAAUUUGCUUUACUAGAAGAAUUAUGAUAUCUAAAUUCUUAGUAGCUUCAAUUCCUUCCUUGAUC